CACAUCAUCACACACCGUUACAGCUUCACUUCUUCAUCUCUCAGAGCCACCGAAAACUGAAGAUGGGAAAAAUUAACGGAUGCAUCAGAUUCCCCUUUAUCUUCUUCAAUGGGCUGUUUGCAGUCAUCGGCUGUAUGAUGAUCUACGGGCUGAUGAAGAUCAGCGCCUAUAGCCAACAGCAGCUGGAGGCGGCUGGCAGCCUGGGCCUGGGUUGGGCUUGGGUGUUUACCAUCAGCAUCCUCUGCAUCGCCGGUCUGGGGGUCUUUGCAGGCCGCAAAGAGAACACACUCGCCCUCAAAAUAUUUGCAGGCUUCAUGGUGGUUGGAAUGAUCAUCAUGAUGAUCUUUGGCAUCAUUGUCGCUGUCGAAAGGAACGAGCUGAAAAGCAACUUUGAAAGCGGCAACUCUGAGACGGUAAAGACCUGGAUGGACAAAGAGGAAAUGAGAGAGCUGCUUAAUAAGCUACAGCAAGAGAUCAAGUGCUGUGGACUGGUGAGCGCCGAGGACUGGGGUGAUGAUAUCCCUACAUCCUGUGGGUGUAACUCACUGAGAGGUUACGGAGGAUAUGGAGGGUACGGAGGAUAUGGAGGGUACGGAGGAUAUGGAGGGUACGGAGGAUAUGGAGGAUCUGCAGGAUCUGAAUGUAAAGCCAAACCAAAGGGAACCUCAGGCCCAAGCUUCAUCUAUAAACAGACCUGCGGUGGAUUCAUCUUUGAGUGGAUCGACUAUUUCUGCAAGAUCGGCCUGGGCGUCUGCUUUGGAUUUGCUGUCACUGCACUGCUGGGCCUGCUGAUGUCCCUGCUGAUGAUCCAUCAGAUCAAACGUCAUGACAGCGCAGCAGGAGCGUCCUUUGCCAUGACGGGAUACUGAAGGGAACCCUCCACCCCUGACCUUCUGCGCUGUAAAGGAGGACUCAGUGGUCAAUUCAUGAUGGCGUCUUUAUUUUGCUGCAGGAAGAUUUCAUUUUUUCCUUCCAUAUUUGUAUUGUAGAAGAUAUAGCAGGCUUUUUUUUAAUGAAUCAUUAUAACUCGAGUUAUUUGAUGGUACGCUGCGUUCCAUCUUUUCUAUUUCUCUGUUGCAUAAAUAUUGUAGAAAGAGGCAGUUUCUAACCUGAAUACAGCUCUAUAAACCCGAGGAGGUCAUAACAUUACCUGUGAGUUUAAAACGCUGGAACAUUCUCUUGUUUUAUUAAGCCUGGGACGCACCAGAGAACAGCUUAGUAAAGUUCAUCCACUCCUCGUUAGUGGUGGUAGAAGCUUGGUGAUGGAGGACUGCUUGAAGGGCUACUUGGCCGAACACACGAGACUGCCGGGAAUAUGCUAGCGCCGGUCUGUCGCAGCUAAAUGUCUGGAUUGCUAACUGUCAAUCAGCUUUAGUUAUUAAGUUAACCAUCAGCAUGCUAACUGCUUCACUGACUGGACAAUAAGUUCACACACUUUAUUCUAAACACUUUUGUACCACAGACUCCUCUCUCACAACUGUCUGCAAACCAUUCCUCUUUAUCUUACUCCAGCAGCAAAACGGUGAGGAUUUAUUUAGUCCCCAUGAAUAAAAAUCCACUGAUGGCAGCCGGUCUGUUGCACAAUGUAGCUUUUUAAAAAGGCCGUUAGCCUAGCUUUAAUUGGUAAUGACCAUAACUUUUUUUACAUGGACUGGGAAACAAAACCUCCAGAUUUAAUUGCUCUUAAUUCUGAAAACAUCUGCAGACAGAUAUAUACGACGAGGACUCUUCAAAACUAACUGUGAAAAAUGUAGGACAAUGAACUCGCAUAUUUUCCAAAGUUGAGUGUGAGUGUUUGUAAAGCACUUCAGUAAUAUAAAACCAGAGCAACCCUCUGGACAUUUUGCCAAAUGGUUAAAUGGCAAAUCCUGAUGUGACAUUUUCAAAAUCAGUGAAAUAUUUUGUGUCUUCUGUAAAGAGCAGGUAACGCAGGGAAAGCAACGUCUCUCUGUGUCCGUACAAUUAUAAUGUGGAAGCCUGGAUAAAAAUGAGAUUAUAAAACUCUCUUCUCUUCAUGGAGGAUGAAGCCAUGAGACAAACCAAACAACAGCUCAGGGUUAACUUACAAGUUUACAUGUCUCCUACAGGGACUUUAUAAAAAGGGAUGAUGACUUAAGUGGAAGACAAACGCUGUGACAGGAACUGUUUUAUUGUGAAAUCUGCACUCAUAUCACUUCAAAAUAAACUCUAGAGACUAAAACCCA